AUGUCUGGAAGACUCGAUAAGUCGCUCGAUGAGAUCAUCUCCACUCAACGCACAUCCACUGGUCGUGGUAGAGGUCGCCGUGGUGGUCGUCGCACAACUCAAGCCGGCAAGCCCGCCACCGUCGCACCUGUUGGUGGUAUCAAGAAGACAACCAAGUCUACCAGAAACCCUGUCAAGGCCAUCCCAACUGGCCCAUCUGGCUCUGGUGAAGGAAAGGUUAUGGUCAGCGGAUUCGUAAGUCCUGUUUCUUACCUCCGCCGUAAGCAUCUGCUAACCCCAUGCCAGCCUAAGGAUAUCAGCGAGAUCAUGAUUAAGGUAUGUUACCGAUGA